AUGCGUCUCGCAGACCAGAAAUAUCUUUUGGAUGGCAAUGACCCAAAGAUGCUGAUUGUGCCAUGCAUGACUCUAAAAGAAGCAAAUGAGUGGAGAGGUGAAGGGUACCAAGCUGUGGUUUUGGCGGGCCUUCCGGACCUGACUGGUUCAGCGCCUCCCGCACGACGCCGAAAAACUCCCGGCAAGGGCUUUUGGAAGGGCAGCAAUGAACACGAAUGCUUUCCUCGAAAGAUAUGCGGCCACUCAACUCAAAAGGUGACCCCUGCACAAGAAAUGCAAAUGCUGGAAAAGGCUCGCAUCGGUCUACAGGAGGCUGUGUUGGGUCUAGCGCACUACGCCAAGCAAAUGGCGAGUGAUGCGAAAAAGGGAAGCCCAGUUCCAAAGGCUCACGCGAAUCCUGAAAAGCCUGUGUUGUUUGUCAAGUUUGGGUCCUUGCAAGAAGUGCCAAAGGACCUCCAUCCUGCUCCGGAUCCCGAACUUUUGUUGUCGAAGGCAGCUACGAUAUGGGGAAAGAUGACUAAUUUUGCAACGAUUGCUAACGGGAGUAUGGCCGACGAUGAGGAGGAGGAGGAUAGUUUGGAUGAAGUAGCAGAAGAGGUCUUCUAUGAGAAAUAUCGCAACAGCAGCGCACCUCCAAUUCCAAUGGAGAUUUCGGUUGUCUCUCCAGGAGACCUAGUCGAGCCCGCCGUUGGCCGUGCAUGA